CACCCAUAAUAAUUCGACACUGGCCUUUUUAAGCGGUCAGAGGGAGAGAGAGUGGAGAUUUUUUUUAAAAAAAAAAAAUUGAUCAGCAAGAGAGAGAUUUCAUGGCGACUUCGAAGCUUCAAGCGCUGUGGAACCACCCUGCAGGCCCUAAAACCAUUCACUUUUGGGCACCAACUUUUAAGUGGGGCAUCAGCAUCGCCAAUAUUGCUGACUUUGCUAAACCACCAGAUAAACUUUCUUAUCCACAACAAAUUGCGGUCACAGCCACUGGAGUUAUCUGGUCACGAUACAGCACUGUAAUCACCCCGAAAAACUGGAAUCUUUUUAGCGUCAACAUUGCAAUGGCAGGGACAGGCAUCUACCAGCUUUCAAGGAAAAUCCAGCAUGAUUACUUUUCCAAGGAAGAAGCUGUUGUUGCCAAGGAAUGAUGACGAAAAAUCUCAAGGACUUGAAGUCUUUUUGGGACCAUUUUGCCUUACUAAAAUCAAGUUCUUGGUUUUAUGUUUAGUUCUUGCCUUGUGUUUGGUGAUUUUUUUAUUUGUGACAUGAUGGAAUUCACAAACUGUGGCUACUGAAUUGCCAGUGUGCUAUUAUUAAAGCAGCAAAUAAUAUUUUGACUCCACGGGACGUUUUAUAAUACUUCUGUUGUUGAAAUGCCUCUACUGAGAUACUGGGGACAUUUAUUGUACUUCUAGUUGUUCAAAUGUCUAUAAAAAUGUCACUUUCUUUUCAUCCA